CUUUGGCCUUAAAGUGGACUGUGUUAUCAAUACUAUGGCAAUACUGUGGAUUCAAGAAAAAAUUGCAAAGAUUAUUGGAUCUUCUCAACCAAGGAUUGAGCACCAACCAAAAAUACCAUAAGAUGCAGUAAUCCAUGAAAUCCAGAGAUUUGCUGGUAUCGUCCCAACAAACUUGCCACGUGCAACCACUAUGGAUGUUGCUUUUAAAGGCUACCUCAUUCCAAAGGUGAGUCAUUAUAUGCCAUUACUGUCCUUUGUGCUGCACGAUGAAUCCCAAUGGGAGAAACCACGUGAAUUCUAUCCUGAGCAUUUUCUCGACUCCGAAGGAAAACUCGUAAAGAGAAGUGCAUUCAUGCCUUUUUCUGCAGGUCAGAGAAUAUGUUUAGGUGAGGUUUUUGCCAAAAUGGAGCUCUUCCUUAGUCUUCUGCAGAGAUUUACCAUCUGGCUAGCCCCUGGAAUAUCUAAAGAAAAUUUUGACUUUACCCCUGCAGUUGGGUUUAUAACACCUCCCAUGCCCUACCAGUUCUGUGCACUGUCACAUUCAUAA